AUGAAAGUUUCUCGAUCUGACAGUCGUAGCUUUUCACCAAGAUCUGGAUGGUUCGCUCUGCCAAACCGGUAUAGUGCGUUGUUUCCGUGGGCCCUCUUUCUGAUAGGUUGCUUUAUCGGCCAUCUACACGGGAACUUCAUAGCUCGUAGUGAAAAUAGCCAAAUCAUCAACGAGUGUCUCCGACAUGACAACCCUCUCUGUGUCACUUCGCACGUCCAUACCGAUGGCGGAGUCGAUCGCAUUGGCGACGGCUGGCACUCGAUUGACGUGUUUUACGGCCAUACAGACUUGCUUAAGAAGACACUACCGUCCAACCGCACGUGGUUUUCGCAAGCUUCGCAAGAUGAACUCGUAGCAAGCUUAUUCAAAGGCAAACGCGAUGGUUAUUUUAUUGAUCUUGCUGCCAAUGAUGCGACCGACUUGUCAAACACCUACGCUUUGGAACAAGAGUACGGUUGGACCGGAUUGUGCGUCGAGCCCAAUCCAAUGUAUUGGCACAAUUUGAGCUACAGGGAUUGCCAGAUUGUCGGUGCUGUAGUUGGACAAGCUCGUCUGGAACAAGUGCAUUUUCGGUUUGAAGCAGGGGACCAUGGUGGUAUUGCAGGCGAUGGCUUCGACAAUGGAAAAAGAUGGCAACGAUACAGCGAACUCAAAUACACCGUCACUCUACUAGAAAUAUUGGAGCGCUACAAUGCUCCCACCCAAAUUGAUUAUCUUUCGUUGGACGUGGAAGGCGCAGAGUCUUUCAUUAUGAUGAAUUUCCCUCUCGACAAAUAUCAGAUCAAGGUAAUUACAGCAGAGAGGCUUCGAGGACCAAUCAGAGAGUUUUUGAAAGGCCACGGAUAUGUGUUUGUAAAAAAGCUUACAAGAUGGGGCGAAUCCUUGUGGAUCCACAACAGUGCCAAGGACGAACUUGAUCUCCAAUUGAUACAACAGUUCAACUUCCCAAUAUAAAAAGCCGUAGAGGACUGGCCAACGAAGCGGCAAUCUCAAUAUUCUGCUAUCCAAACCUUCACUUCUGUUUGUUAGAUUUCUUUUGAAUGUUCCCACUGGCUGCAAAAGCAGAAAAGGACAUGUAACUCAGAACGGAAGCAAUCGUCGAGCCGCCAGUAAUCCAGCAUAGGGCGGUGAGCGUUUCAUCCAAUCCAGCAUGGAGCGGAAGAGUAAUGCCCACGCCAAGAGUAAUGAAUUGAAACAUUGUGCUAACUUUACCUGUAAAAGUUGGUUGCACUUUUAAAGGUGUUCUUGUGGGAUCAACAACUGCUAUACCUUUCUGUGUUUGUUUUGCAACGUAAAAGUAGGUUGCCGACAUCAGAACGAGGUCUUUCGCUAGCCAUAAUACCACAAGAGGCGUUGGAAGCGUACCGUUGCACCACAGGGAGACCGAGAGCGCGUUAAUCAGAAGCUUGUCCGCAAAUGGGUCUAAGUAGGUUCCGAGCACAGUUGCCAUGUUGUGGUGCUUAGCUAGGUAACCGUCCAGUCCGUCCGACAGUCCAGCUAAGAAACACCCUGCUAAAGCAGCCUCGUGUUGAUUUGUAAUAAUCCAGUACGAAAGGAGCGGCGUGCAUGCAAUUCGAGAAAGUGUAAUGACGUUAGGUGGGGAUUGUAACUGCCGAAACCAAUUUCCCGUUGCAUUUGUUUUCCAGGCGUUGUCUUCGUCUGUGCUGUUCGUGCCAAAGCAUAGCUUUUGCUUCUCGGAAAAAAUAUCAUUCACUGUAACUCUGAUUCGCCGACACCGUGAAUCAACUGUAAAGCGAGAUUUCUCGUUGCCACGAACUGCCCCACACGGCGCAAAGGAGACUCUCCUUUCUGCUCUGUAGCGCAGUCUCUGUUGGACACGAAGCAUUCUCCACAUAUUUUAAUUGAUGUUAGCAAACACAGUCAACGGGGCUCAAACGAAAGCGGUGAUGGCACGAGGAGCAAAUACAGAAGUUGCAAUAAGCUUUUUUCAUUCAUUCGUCUACAAUGUAAAGCUUUUGCCCUUGGUUUGUCCGUGACAGUGUAGAGCAAACGCACUGCACAACCAUGCGUCUCAUCUCGAACUAGCAGGAGUC